AUGUGCGAGCAGGCAGCGCGGUCGUGCCGGGCCGGCGUGCACAGGCUGCUGCGCAAACCUCCGCCGGCGCUGCGCGGGCUGGACGGGCUCCUGCGCUGGGUGGUGGCCAGGAUGAGCGACAAGGGCGUCGCCGACAGGGAGCUGCUCACCCCCGGAGCCUCUUCGCAGAGGAAGGGCACCUCCGUCAUCCUCGAUAUUUUCAGAAGAGCUGACAAAAAUGAUGAUGGGAAGCUGUCCCUGGAGGAGUUCCAGGCCUUUUUUUCAGAUGGGACACUCAACGAGGAAGAACUUGAGAAGCUCUUCCACACCAUCGACUCGGACAACACCAACAACGUGGACACCAAGGAACUGUGUGACUAUUUUGCUGAUCAUAUGGGAGACUAUGAAGAUGUCUUGGCCUCACUGGAGACCCUGAACCUCUCCAUCCUGAAGGCGAUGGACUACACCAAGCGGGUCUACGAGAGCGGCAGCAAUGUGGACCAGUUCGUCACCCGCUUCCUGCUGAAGGAGACGGCCAACCAGACCCAGUCACUGCUCAGCUCGGUGGAGAGCGCCGUGGAUGCCAUCGAUGAGCAGACCAACACCGCCAGGCACUACCACGGCCAGGCUGGCCACGCGCUGGUGGAGCCCUGGUACGACAGCCCCGUGCCCAGCUACGUGCCCCCCGCCCGCGUGGUGCCCAGGGACUGCGGGAAAGGCAGCCAGACUGGUCCCUCUGACCCCAAGGAGGAUGGGUUGGAGGGGCAGAUCAGCAGGCUGGCCGCACUCAUUGGCAGGCUGGAGGACAAGACCCUCUGGUUCGACCUGCACCAGCGGCUGUCAGACAGUGAGAGCACGGCAUGCACGUACCUCCUCCUGGUGCGGGAUGAGAUGACGGUGUCGCACAAGCACCUGGGCGAGUUCUGCAGCUCCCUGAAGCAGUAUCUGAAGAGCGUGGCUGGGGAGAGGGACUGCUUCCAUGUCACCGCGGUCAAGCUGCCCGACGGGGUCACCUUCAUCGUCUACGAAUUCUGGGAGACUGAGGAGGACUGGAAGAGGCACCUGCAGAGUGCCACCUGCAAGGGCUUCCAGCACGUCAAGGUGGACACCCUGAGCCAGCCUGAGGCCGUCUCCAGUGUGGCCGUGCCAGCUGCCUGGUGCACCCUGAGCCGAGAGUGA